AUGACUGCUGUCAAAAAGGUGAUAGCUAUGCGACAGUUGGACUCGAUGUUUGGCAGUUUGACCCUUGAGGGCGAAGGAAGACAUUCUCCACUUGUAAGCUCUACAAUCGAGCACGACCCUCAUUGCGAUGUUCAUGGCCGGUGUGGUACUCCGACAGAUAGAUAUAGGUCGUCCCUCUACCUACAUAGCCGCGAGUCGACACCUGGACAUUUUAGGGAAUGUGUUUCACCCACAAAUGGUCUUAUAAUCAGGCGCCGUGAUUCACUGGGUGUAUCACCGGCACGUGAGCUUGAGCAUCCAUCUACAUUCCCAAGUAUACUCAGACGUGAUCGCCAUAGUCCCUCUCAAACGCCACCUCGUCGGGACACACCGAGUCCUACCCACAGAUUUACAACAAGCAAACGUCACUCUAUGGGCUCUUUUCCGAAUCUCUCUCGCUGCAAUGUUGUCAACUACAAUAGGCGGGACUCCUUGACUAACGGUAGUGUCAGAGAUAUGAAGCGUGACUAUGUUGGUUCGAUGAACUCCUUAUCAAGGAAAAGCUCUAUUGACACAAAGAAAUCCUCCUCCGAUUCGUUGGACAAUUGGCACGUCACUUGGGAAACCGACCGGAAUAGCUCCGUUUCUUCUUUAGCGCACGAUGAUAAGCACGCACGCGGAAUUAUUAAGGUAAAUGCAAACUAA